AUGGUGUUCACGAUGCUGGUUCCGAAAUAUACGUUCCAGCUGCCCGGCAACCGCCGUCCCACCGAAUGGGUUGAAACCACCGUCUACGAGAACGACGAGUCCACCGACGACGAGACGAUCCCGCCGCACUGGAAGGCCCGCAAGAAGGCGGCGCGCGAGUGGAAGCCGUACAUCGAGAGGAUGGACAAGUUCAACUCGUACGAGAUCCACCGCUUCAUGGACGCCGGCGCCGCCAACACCUUCGCCGACAACAUGUCCGUGGUCAAGGAAGCCCAAUGGGCCGGCCACCUCAACUACAAGAACGACCUGGGCCGCCUCGCCGCCGUGUCCGGCAUGCACACCCCGAACACGCGCAUCAUCAUCGGCUACGCGCUCGACGCCGAAGCCUCGACGCUGGGGGCGUGGCUCGCGGCCAACACGCGGGGCGACGUGCUGACGCCGCUGCGCCGCUUCCUCGAGUACAUCCACAUGCACCACGUCGGCUCCAACAAGGAGUACAGCGGCUACGAGCUGCGCAUCUUCACCGACAUCCACGUCGCCGAGGGCUACCCGCCCGACUGGCACGCCGACGAGUGCGACGGCGCGAUGCUCGAACACGCCGGCGUGCUGGACUUCGAGCCGCUGCACGUCGCAACCUGCUUCAAGGGCCCGGGCACCCUGUUCAUGCGCGAUAGGGUGCUGAGCUGGAUCAACCACGCCAAGGAGGAGUACGAAGCCGCGGCGCCCAAGGACCAGCUCAAGACGGGCGAGCUGGCGCUGUAUCGUCCCUCCCCUGAGCUCGUGGAUUCUCCGGAUGAGAUGUUUGGGGCCAUCCAUGCGAGGCCGGACGACGAGGAUGGCGAGCGCAUUGUCGUGCAGUUGAUGAUGGGUACUAAGCGCCAGAUGAGGGGAAUUGAAAUCAGCCAUGCCGAGGUGAUAGAGAGGGGCCGUCUCAAUACGGAGGCCGCGGCCCAGGCCAAGGCCAAGUCCGCUUCGAGGCCGUCCACUUUCUCUGGUGGGGGAAUGUGA